CAUUCACUCUUUGACGUUUUGAAAGUCAUUCAUUGACAGAGUGAUACUAAAAUUUUGUGGAAUUGCAAACAGAAGUUGUAUAUUUAUCAAAGACUUCUAAUUUGUCUAAUUUCUAAACAUGGCAUCUGUUUUAAUUCCUGAAAUACCGGAACCAGGAUUCUCUUUUGAGAAUUGUCAACGCAAUGCCUUCUUAGCUCAAAAAGGGUUUCCAGCCCCGAAAGCCACAAAAACCGGCACGACCAUUGUGGGUAUUAUUUAUGCGGAUGGGGUUAUCCUGGGUGCUGAUACUAGAGCGACAGAAAACACAGUUGUUUCAGAUAAAAAUUGCCAAAAAAUCCAUUAUUUGGCUGGUAACAUGUACUGCUGUGGUGCUGGAACAGCAGCCGACACUGAGAUGACGACUCAAACUGUGUCGUCACAACUGGAACUGCAGCGGCUUCACACUGGGCGCACGGUUCCCGUGCAGACGGCCGCCACCUUGCUAAAACGAAUGCUAUUCCGCUACCAGGGCCAUAUUGGCGCCGCCCUCGUGCUUGGAGGGGUAGACCGUACUGGACCUCACAUCUACUGUAUUUAUCCUCAUGGUUCAGUGGAUAAGUUGCCAUAUGCGACUAUGGGAUCUGGUUCUUUGGCUGCUAUGGCUGUGUUUGAGUCUGGCUGGAAACCUAAUAUGACUGAAGAGGAGGGCAAGAAACUAGUUCGCGAUGCAAUUGCUGCAGGUAUCUUCAACGACUUGGGGUCUGGCUCCAAUGUGGAUUUGUGUGUAAUUCGUAGCAGUGGCCCAGCACAGUACCUCCGCACAUAUGAAGAAGCCAAUGUCAAGGGCAAGAAACAAGGAUCCUACAGGUAUGCCCCUGGGACUACUGCCGUUCUAAAACAGCGAGUAAUUCCACUUGAAGUAGAAUCAGUAGCUGUGCAUGCAGUGUCCAGGGCACAGCCAAUGGAAGUGGAACCCUCAUCCAGCCGUUGAUCUUAAUUUUGUGUAAAUUUCCGAAAUAAAACUAUCAUUUUGUAA